AUGGCCGUGCAAAUGGGAACUGAGAUCAACGCUACACUAUGCUUGAAACAUCAUUACAAUUCAAGCAAUCUGAAGAAUGACGAGGAGACAUCGCUGAGUGUUCGAUUGAACGACAACAUCAUUUCCAUGGAGAGUCACAAAGCGGCACUAGCUGAUCACGUAUCUCGCGUGAGAGAUAUGCGGUUUAAAAGACGACUGAGCAAUAUGACCGAGCUCAGUGCCAAUGGGGUACGUAAGUUGAAGAGAUCGAAACCGCAAAGCCCCCUUCAGCAGCAGCAGCAGCGGCAGCAACAGCAGGGUGAAGUUAGUGACAAUGUAAAACAGGACGUCGGUCGUUUGAAAGAAACAACAGAAGUUGCACAGUUUUCUUCCACUGAAACAACCACUGUCCCAGAAAGGUGUGCAAAUUAUGCGAGCUCGAACAAACGCGGUUUCGAAAAUGUCGUGUCUCGUUAUCCAUAUGUUCCCAAUCACUCCGACUCUACGAGUGGUCCACGCGCUUUAAAAACAUCUACCUUCUCCAUCGAUUCCAUCAUCAGUGAGACUACUUCAUCGACUAUGAGAAAGAAUGACGCACCGUUGGAGCCCAGGGGAAUGAACAGAAAGCUGUCCGACAGUAACCUUUCCUGGAUGAACUUGUCUACUAAUAACCGAUCCCAGCCGACGAUUGGACAACGUAACGGUCCCGAGGACGACGUUAGCGAGAAACAGCGGAGUUCGCACUUGCAUUCGGUUGUGUCAACUUCGUCACCGUUACAUCCCCAACGGUCCAACGUGCCCCAACCUACACUUUGUUCAGUGGAACCGUAUGCCAUGCUCAGUAAUCGAUCCUGCUCGCAACAGCAACCACCGUUUCGCCAUUUCUUCGGGGAGGACAACGACAGAUCCACCCGAAUUGCUCAGGCGCAUACGGCAGCCAACAUGGUCAACCGAGAUGGCUUCUCAACGCACAGGUUUACCCAUCCAGUACCCAGUGGGCCGGUCCGUAAUAUUUCUAUGAACAAUCAAGCGAUCAAUCACAUCAGUGAACCGGACCACGUCGGGCCAAACCUAUCUGGUGCUUGCCAAAGUCGAGUAGGGAAUAGCCAAUCGGGAAGCAACCCAUUCGCAUCAACUCUGACCUUGAAAGCAGACGGUCACAGCCACGGGAGCGCCUCAGAUUGGGAUUCGGUAAAAUGCCAAUUGGAAACGAAGGAGUUGUGGGAGAAAUUCAACGAAUUGGGUACGGAGAUGAUUAUCACAAAAUCGGGUCGUCGCAUGUUUCCAGUCAUCCGCGUUUCAUUCACUGGACUACAACCGGAUGCUAAAUACUCCGUUCUCAUGGAUAUCGUUCCUGUAGACGCGAAGCGAUAUCGGUAUGCGUACCACCGAUCCAGUUGGCUGAUGGCAGGCAAGGCAGAUCCGGAGACACAUCUGCGUCACUACGCACAUCCGGAUUCCCCGUUCACUGGGGACCAACUGGCCAACCAGACGGUUUCAUUUGAGAAACUGAAGUUGACCAACAAUGUACUGGAUAGACAUGGCUACAUCAUCUUGAACUCAAUGCAUAAAUACCAACCCCGAGUGCACCUCGUCAGACUCCGUGACUCGGAAACAGGCGGAAACUUGGCUAAUACAACCAUGGAGCAGUUCACAUCGGAGGACUUGAAGACUUUCGAAUUUCCCGAGACUGUUUUCAUUGCAGUGACGGCUUAUCAAAACCAACUGAUUACCAAACUGAAGAUCGAUUGCAACCCAUUUGCCAAGGGCUUUCGCGAUUCGUCCCGGUUGACGGAAUUCGAACGCGAAUCCAUGGAAAGCUUGUUGGCGCAACAGGCUGCCGUUGCCACGACGCUGGGUGGACUGCCUCCAAGCUACAUGCAAAACGUUGAUAACCAGACCAGCCCCUCGCCAGCAUCACAUAACAUUUUCCAAGGGAAUGGGGCAGUGGACAGCUCAGUGACAGCUACCGUAGAACCAAAUCGAACGGUUUCUUCACGAACAGAAAGAACAGAGUUCAUCAAACGCACAAUAAAACCAAUCAGAGCUCCACCACAAACACAGCAACAUGGAUUCAUCUUUCCAAGCGCUAUUUUACCUGCGCCAUUUUUGGAUUUUCCGAUGAACGCUACCAAAUUAUCGCCAUAUUGGCUCACCAUGGAGCGCGGUAAGUUAGACGCCCAUAACACGUGUUCAAACAAUGAUCCAAAUCUGCUAUCGCGAACUCAAGGAGUGCACAGUAUGAGCCAUGGCGGCAUCGAUUACACCACUACAAACGGCCCAUUUCAGAAGUCGGUACCAAAUUUGGAGGAUGUGACACAGUAUUACCACCACUCCGGCGUAACCUUGGAUCAGUUGAGAGAGUGGAAGAAACUCAAUCUGCAUCAAGCUGAAGCGUGGAAGAACUGGUAUCUUUGGCAUCUUUUAGCACACUUAAUGCCCUGUAAACCUCCCGAGUGGGUCGAUCCCAAGGUGGAAGUUGACCGUUCACCAAGCCACCGGCUUUCUCCGGUGAGUUCCACGUGUCGUUUUCCGAUGCAAUCAGUACCUCCGUGUUUUAAUCAGCCACUGAACAACUCAAUCAAUCCAACUUUGCUUAAUCAACUUUCAAGUUGGAUGAAAUCUUCUGACAAAUACCACUGUAAUCCUCCAAAGGAUGACGGUGCACCCAACAACGGCCAAGGCGAUGCCCACGCGACCGAACUCCUCGAAGACUGUGGACUUAAUGCCGGCUACAUGAAUCCGGACAGGAUUUUUCACUCACGUAUGACUUCUACCACCUCAUCGUGGCCAGCCACUUCUCCCAGUUUGUUGGAUUCUGGACAGCCAAAAGGCGGUCCAGUUGCCUUUCAACCCAGUUCACUUCCAAACUGCAGGCAGAUGAACAAAAUUUUCGAAUUGCUGUUGAAGCCAAAGUGUUCAGAUACAGUUGAAUCUGAACGAUCGCCCUGCUACACUGCUGAUGCUCACAGUCAAUGUGUUGUGCCACGAUCAGAGCCAAGUUCAGCUUCUUCAAGGUCCUCGUCAUCUUCACUUAUCUCUCCUGCCGAAGCCUUAAAUUUGGCCAGUCCACUUAAUUCGGUGUAUCACGAACUCAGUGAGACAUGCUCAGUUCACAAACACACAGAAUCCACCAGACACAUUGGUACAUCCCAGUGA